AUGUCCAACCAACCAUCAACCGAACUCGAGUUCUUCCCCCAUCUCACCGAGUCACAACUAACAGACCUCAAGAAAUUCUGGGAGGCACUCAACGGAUUGUUAUACACCCCCGCACAAGCCAACCAGGCCGAUGGCAAAGCGACCAAGACAAAAGCUGAGCCGACCGUACCCGAACGAGUCAAGAACUUGGUUGGAGAGUCAGAGGCGGAGAGGCUGGCGACGGAGCUAUGGGCAUGGAUCAUGAUGGAUGACCCGGACAUGAUGGUGCUGAAGUACAUCCGGGCCAAGAAGUUCAAGUCGACGGCCGACUCUCUCGAGUUACUCAUCAACUCGCUCAAGUUCAGGGCCGACCGGAAGCUCUCAACGAUCUACUACGAGAACCCGAGCAUACUCAAACAGCUCAAGACCGCCAAGGCUUUUGUGUUCGGCUUUGAUAAAUCUGGCUCACCCAUCUUUAGAGUCAAUGCUGCCAAGCAUAAGACCAGCGAUCAAACUCCAAGAGAACUCGAAGAUUUCAUCCUCUAUUCUAUGGAAGUGACUCGACUAUUCGUCGUUCCUCCCGCAGAAACCGUCACAAUGUUGAUCGACUUGAGUGGAUUUGGGAUGUCCAACAUGGAUUGGAAAUGUGCAUCGUUCAUGAUCUCCACACUGGAAUCGUAUUAUCCUGAAACUUUGAAUCAUCAAAUCAUCCACAACGCACCCUGGAUUUUUCAAGGCAUCUGGAAGGCGAUUUCGACAAUGAUUGACCCGGUUGUUCGGUCGAAGGUGCUAUUUACAUCGAAGAAUGAGGACCUUAUAAAGCUAGUGGAUAAGCGGAACUUGUUUAAGGCCGAAGGCGGGGAGUCAUCUUUCGAAUGGACGAUCCCAGCAAACUAUCCGGUCGGUACGUCUGUCCCACCGGCCAACACCGAUCCUGCUGAGGUCGAGAAAGCGAAGCAAGCCGAGCGCCGAGUCCAUCUCGACCUCACUCCGGAGCAGGAACGCGCCAAAAUUAGUGAACUUAAUGUCCGCGCUACCUUGGUCGCCCGGUUCAUCUCACUCACUCAGCUUUGGUUGUCAGCCUCUGAGGACCAAACCUCAGCUCCCGAAAGACUGGUCAAGAUCUUGGCAUUGAGGCAGUUGCUUAAGCUUAUCCUGCGCGCACAAUAUCUGAAGAUGACGCCGUUGAUCGUUCCGAACACGAUCUACCACUACCGAGGUAUCCUGAAGGGCGAAGAACCGGGGACGAUCGAUUUCGAAGCCGAAGGAGCAAGCAGCAGGACGAACGGAGGCCAAGAUGCGCAGGCUGGACAGCCUGCUAUUAUGGGCCAGGAGUAUGCCCGGCCCAGUUUGCUGAAGACCAUCGAGCACGAAACCUCCCGCUUCCGUUCCACCUACCCCCCUUCCUCUUCGUCACUUCCUGAUGCCACAACCGAUCCUUCGCCCGCUCACGAGAAUCCCGAACAGGUCGACCCCAUCGACCAGAUCUUUACUGAGAUUACCCGGCUUGAAUUUUGA